CACAUAUUCAGGCUUGUGAUCGCGGCAGGACUGGUUGGCCAGCAGAGAGUGCGCGCAUGUGCGUCAUUGGCAAUUGCCAAUUGCCCCGGGCAACCUCUCGCUUGUCACAUUAGUUCUCUUUGUAAACAGUUCUCAUGUUCAUACAAGGCCACGCAAACUGAUUGUGCAAGCUUGCUUGGAUGUAUGUGAGUCUCCCCUGCAAUAGCUGCAAAUCCUAAAAGCACAGUUAGUUCAUAGCUGGAGAUGCGUUCUAUUCUCUAAGUCAAGUAGAUACUGGGCGUUUCCGAAGGUCUGCAUCACUUCAAGGGACAGCUGCGAAGGGCUUGAUCACCAUUAGCUUCCAUCCUAACGCUGCGGGGUGAUCAAGCUUAGUUAGCAAACAGUCAUUUCUUGCCUUCGGCGGGAGACACGCAACGCCCAUUGGGCAUUUGUGGCACGACAGCAGCGAAAUCUAACGCACGAACAGCGUCUGUCUAAAGCGACGCACAGGCGCUGCGACGGUAUACGAAGGCGCCUCAGCCAUGAGCGCCGCUAUCGCCGGCAACCCCUCCUCCGCCAGCCUCCCCGCCAACCCCGCCGCCGCCACCAACCCCUCCUCCACCACCACCCCAACCACCACAACCGCCACCCCUACCAUCACCGAAUGCCGGGCAGUUGGAGUGGUUGAACGCCCCGAAGCCAUUAACGAACUCGCCAACCUCCUGCGCUCCCUGUGCGCGUCGUACAGCUCCCAUGCAACCCACACUGUCGUACUCCGGUUGCCGCUGCCGCCGCCAGCUGGGGGCGGUGCGCCUCCGGGCGGCAGCAGCACGCAGCUGCGGCUGGUGCGGCGGCUGCCCGGGAAUGUGGUCGCCAGCCACCACGGGGGGCCGGGGGCGGGGGGGCCACGACACCCCUUCCUGGAUGACCCGCCGGAGAGGUGGGAGGUGCGCUACGAGGGCCCCCCGCUGCAGGGCCCCGCGCUCAACAGCCUGCCCGCCUCCAUGCGCGAGGUGGCGGAGGCGGGGUGCUGGGGGGCGGGCGUGCUGGACUUCUGGAAGACGCUGGGCGGCAAGCUGGAGUACGAGACCUACCGCGAGGGCAACGAGUACAACAUCGUGUUCCACGGGCAGGAGAUUAAGGUGAUCCUCGCAGUGGUGUACUCGCUGCAGGAGCCGCACGUGCUGCGCGACGCGGGCAGUGUUCGGCGAGUGGGC